AUGCCUCCCCGAUGGGCGACUCUCGUCUUGAUGCUAUUCACAAUAUUUUGGGGAAAUGCUGAGGCUCGACAACAAUGCGAAUUAAUCACAAUUCCUUUGUGUAAAGGAAUCGGCUACAAUAUGACCUCGUAUCCAAAUCCGUAUGGACACGAGAAACAAGAGGAAGCUGGCCUCGAAGUUCAUCAAUUUUAUCCGCUCGUAGAGGUCGGUUGCUAUCAACAUCUGAAAUUUUUCCUUUGCGCUUUAUACACGCCGAUUUGUCAAGAGGGAUAUGAUCGACCAAUUCCUCCAUGUAUGGAGUUAUGUUUGGAAGCGAAAAAGCGAUGUUCGCCAAUCAUGCACAAAUACGGUUUUCGUUGGCCGGAAACCCUUUCUUGUGAUGGAUUGCCGAAAAUGAGUGAUCAGUUCACAUCGGGGAAUAUUUGUGCCGCUCCACCCGAUACACCGACAAAGAAUCACAAGCAAACGAUAAAUCAUCCAAUCGCCUCGCUUGAGAUCGUUCCCGAUGUGGGCAUCUCGAUUCCAGAAGAGUGCGUUUGUCGAUGCAGUCGACCGUUCGAGAAAGCGGCGCAAAGCUCAAAAGUCGGCGAUGUGUCUGGUUGUGCCUAUUCGUGUCGUGCUCCAACACAUUCAACUCUCAGCAAUCAAAGCUUCGUGAACAGUUGGAUCGCUGUUUGGUCAAUCACUUGCUUCUCUCUCUCAAUCUUCACCGUGUUGACGUUUUUGAUUGAAACAGAUCGUUUCCAAUACCCGGAAAGACCGAUCUUUGUGUUGGCUUUUUGUCAAGCAAUGGUUGCUGUCGGUUUUCUUCUUCGCGCCUUUUUUGGGCACGAGGCAGUGGCAUGCGAUGCGUGGAAAGUGAGAGGAGCCGAUGAUGGAGGCGAUUCGCUGUGCUUUAUUGUCUUCUUCUUGACGUAUUUCUUCGGGAUGGCCGCCUCGGUGUGGUGGGUGAUCCUGUCGCUCACGUGGCUGCUAGCUGCCGGCUGUAAAUGGAGCACGGAAGCGAUCGCAUCUUAUUCGAUUCAUUUCCAUUUAAUCGCUUGGGGAUUACCAGCAAUUCAGACUUCACUCGUUCUAAUUCUCUCUGCAGUUGACGGGGAUCCCGUUUCUGGAAUCUGCUAUGUCGGGAAUACGAAUGUUCAAUUUUUACGAAUCUUUGUCCUAACUCCACUCGUUGUCUAUUUCUCGAUGGGCGUUCUCUUUUUGGCAAUCGGUUUCUUCAACCUCUGGCGGAUCAGAAUUGAGGUUCAAAAGCAUCACCAUGGACUAGAAAGUGCCUCAAAAGUGACGCAAUUAAUGUCGAAAAUCGGGAUCUUCUCUGUCUUGUAUACGGUGCCAGCUCUUUUCCUUAUCUUGGUAUUGUUUUAUGAGCAACGAAAUCGGCCUCAAUGGGAAGAAGCAGCGCUCUGUCCUUGCUCGAAUUCAAAAACGGAUAGUGCGAAAGCAACUCUCCUUCUUUCACUCAUUAAAAGCGCUUCAAUGUUAGUUGUUGGAUGGACGUCGGGUGUGUGGAUUUCUUCACGGAAAACCCUCCGCUCAUGGAGGGAUUUCUUCUGCUGUUCAAGGGGAACACAUAAAUAUCAACAAGCUGAGAUUCUUUACGGGAAGAGUGAAUGUUCCACACCACAUUUCUACAAUUCGACACUGAGACAGCAAAAUCUCUUCAAACAACCGAUGCUUCCAGAGAAAUUG